GUUGUUACACGUGUCUCGUUUUGGUCACAGUUGGUGUUGGUUCGUACUCAGUGACUCAGUCUUCGUACAUUUGCAGCAAUAUGGCUCCUGUUACCAAAGAUAAAGUUGAUUCAGGCAAGAAGAAUAAAAAUUCUUCAAAGGCCUCUAGUGGUAGAGUUAGUAAAAAUUAUCAAAGUAAAAAUUCAGUGCUUAAGGGAACAAAUGUUUGGAAGGAAGUACCAGAUGAAUCAGAGAUUUCAAAAAAGGAUGAAGCAAAGGCACUUUUUACAAUUAAUGAAAAAGGUCAAAAGAUAAAGCAAUUCAAGAAGCAAGGCGUUUCAAGGCCAUGGCUUGAUGUCAAGUAUAAAGAAAAUGAACGGAUGACAUUUUAUGAUGGAUUCUAUGUAAAAAGGGAAUCUGUUGCAGAAUUGGAUAAACUGAAGAGAAGCCUUGAACUGGAGGGCCAUGGUGGAGAAAAGGUAAAGAAAAUGAUGAUGAAGCCCUUACGGAAAGCCAACAGGGUUCUCUUCAAAGAAUUACUCUAUGAAGAGAAGUUUAAACAAAUUAAGGAUGGCACAUACACUGCGCCAGUGAAAGUUUGGAGCAAAAAAGAUUGCAAAAAUAAGCAGCAAACAUCUAAAGAAUCUAAAUCUAUUGCAAAAAAGAUAAAAGGGAAUGAAUCUAAAUCUAAAGAGGAAGCAAAGAAUGAUGCUGAAUCUGGAUCGUGUGGCAAGAAUUCAAGAAGUCCUGACAAAAGAAAGAAAGCUGCUACAAAUAAAGCAAUUGGAAGCAGCAUUCCAUCAAUUGCAGGCCUGGAUCUUAAUUUCCAAAUUAGUGACAAUGAAGCCUCUGACGAUGAAAGAGAAGGUUCACAAAUGGAUUACAAUGGUGUGCCUCAUUCUUUUGUAGAAACUAAAAUCAAUGCUAUUGAUGAGUCAGAUGAUUCAUGCAAUACUGAUGAUGAAGAUGAUGAGGGAAUUAAUAUUUGUAAGUCUAAGAAGCAAAUGUCAUCAAAAAGUUCAGUUGAAGAAAAUACUGAGGCAAUGGAAUCUGCUGAUGAGGGAGUUGAAUCUGAUGAUGAAGUUACUGAUACUAUGAAUGCUAAUAAAUCAUUAAAAUUGAUCUAUUCCAAAGCCAGUGAAUCUUCAAUAGAAAUGAAGGAAAAUGAGCUCAUGACCUGUGUGGAAGGCAUCUGGAUCAGAAGGUGCAAGAUUGGUGCAAUAGCAGACUGGAAAGACACUGUCAAAAAGAAUAUCAUUGCUAGCAGAACAGAUGGUAAUACUUCAACCUCCCUCUCAGAGGAAGAGAACUUGAAGUUCAAGUCAGCUCUGAAGGUCGAGUUGAACAAAUUGUCCAAUCAACUAAUGGCAUACCUCAGGAGGGUGGCUAAGAAGCACUCGUCCAAAACUCUCAAUAAGGGAAAGAAAACAAAGAAGUGUCGGCUGCACCGCAGUGAGCGCAAAGCACUCAAGACUGGCACUGGUGCUGUAAAUAAAUUUCAGAAAUCUAAUGAAUCUAAACUCACGGAAUUCAGAGGUGUUGAGAAGAAAACCUUCAACCCAGUGCGCACCAAGAAUGGUUUGGUGAACUUCAGAGGCUACUGGAUUAAACCAGAGGGAGCCAAACGUCUUCAUGAACUUGAAAACAAAUUGAAGGCCGAGGGCACGGCUAAGGAGCGCAUUGCAGAGCUGAUCAAGGUGGAGAGACGUCGUGAAGAGAACGAGCUCAAGAGAGAACGCCGUCAAGUUUGCUUCUCAUGCCGCAAAACUGGCCACAUGGUUGCGGAUUGUCCACUGAAGCGCAACGUCCAGGGUGUCGGUUCUUGCUUUAAGUGUGGCUCUCUUGAGCACCAGUCGGACACGUGCUCUGAGGCGCAGUUCAGCUACGCCACGUGCUUCAUCUGCCGGCAGAAAGGCCACAUCAGCAGGGAGUGCCCCAAGAACACCAAGGGCCUCUACCCGCACGGAGGAGGCUGCACACUUUGUGAUAGCAACCAGCACUUGAUCAAGGACUGCCCUAGGAAUACGGAGGAACAGAAGGAGCGGCCUGAACUGAAGGCAGGGGUACUGAAGGCGGGACAGCUGCUCGAGGUCAUGGAGGAUGCUACUCCGGUUACACCUUCAGAUUCUGCCAACGUCACUAAGAAGAAGAAAAAUAAAGUUGUAAAAUUCUAAAAUUAAAUUUUUU